AUGACGAAUCGGGCGUGUGCAUCCACGUAUAUGAAGGCUGGACCUUGCAAUGAACCACUGAGGGUCUCGAGGCAUCCUUAACACAUCUGAUACAGUAGAGGUGUAUGUGCUAAUUGCAGAAAGGACAUAAAACAUCACAAUGAGCUCAUCUAAAGAAUAUACGAAUGGCCAUGUGCACCUAGAAGAAUCUGACAUGUAUAUGUCAGAUGGCAAGCUGUUCCUUACUGAGGCUUUCAACGUGAUUAUGGAGGAGAUACUUCACAAAGGAACUGACUUGAAGGAGAAGGUGUGUGAGUGGAAAGAUCCUGAUCAGCUGAGAGCUCUUCUGGACCUUGAUCUCAGAGAGCAUGGAGAAUCUCACAAGCAGUUACUGCAGAGGGUUCGAGAUGUGGCCAGAUACAGUGUUAAAACCUGUCAUCCUCGGUUCUUCAAUCAGCUGUUUGCUGGCGUGGACUACCAUGCAUUGACAGGACGGCUCCUUACUGAAACCCUCAACACCAGCCAAUACACCUAUGAAGUGGCCCCGGUGUUUGUCCUGAUGGAGGAGGAAGUGCUCUGUAAGCUUCGCUCUCUGGUUGGCUGGUCAGAAGGAGAUGGGAUAUUUUGUCCCGGGGGUUCAAUUUCCAACAUGAACGCCAUGAAUGUCGCACGGUACUGGGCCUUCCCUCAAGUGAAGACACAAGGCUUGUGGGCCACACCACGAAUGGCUAUAUUUACAUCACAACAGAGUCAUUACUCAAUGAAAAAAGCAGCUGCUUUCCUUGGUAUCGGAACGGACAACAUUUUCAUUGUACAAGUGGAUGAAAGCGGCAGCAUGAUACCAGAGGACCUGGAGGCGAAAAUCGUGCAGGCAAAAUCACAAGAUGCUGUACCGUUUUUCGUUAAUGCCACAGCGGGAACCACAGUGCAGGGCGCCUUUGAUCCUCUGAACCGCAUAGCUGACAUAAGUGAAAGAAACGGAAUGUGGAUGCACGUUGAUGCCGCUUGGGGAGGAAGCGUGCUGUUUUCCAAAAAACAUAAACAUCUGGUUGCGGGAAUAGAAAGAGCAAACUCUUUUACUUGGAACCCUCACAAGAUGCUUCUAGCGGGAUUGCAGUGCUCUGUGGUUUUGUUCAGAGAUACCACGAAUCUGUUAAUGCACUGUCACAGUGCAAAGGCAACCUACUUAUUCCAGCAAGACAAGUUCUACGAUACAAGUCUAGACACGGGAGACAAAUCCAUCCAGUGUGGCCGCAAGGUGGAUUGUUUGAAGCUGUGGUUGAUGUGGAAGGCAAUAGGAACACAUGGUUUUUCAGAGCGAGUGGAGAAGGCCUUUGCCCUCGCAAGAUAUUUAGUUGAAGAAAUGGAGAAAAGAGACAAUUUCAAGUUGGUCUGUAAGGGGCAUUUUGUGAACAUUUGCUUCUGGUUCAUUCCACCCAGUCUGAGAGGGAAGGAGAACAGUGCGGAUUACCAGGAAAGGUUAUCAAAGGUGGCGCCAGUCAUCAAAGAGAGAAUGAUGAAGCGUGGAACGAUGAUGGUGGGAUACCAGCCCAUGGAUGGACACGUCAACUUCUUCCGAAUGGUUGUUGUUUCUCCUCAGCUGACCACCAAGGACAUGGAUUUCUUCCUCGAUGAGAUAGAGGAACUAGGGAAGGACCUGUAGUUAGUUUUUUAAUAACUAUGGUCUACCAAUAGUCAGUGUCACAUUAUCCCCCCUCAUCUCGUCAUUUUUAAAUUUUCUAAAAAUUUAAGUUGCUUAAAGGUUGAGUUAUAAGCGGUACAUAAUACUGACUUCAAUGACUAAGCUAGAGAAAAAACAAAUGCAUCUACAGAGGUCAUAAAGGGAAUGAAUCUCAUAGAUUCUGGCCCACCUAAGUAUUGAAUUCAUUUGGAAAACCCAAUUUAGGUUUUAGGGCCUUUACUAAUGAACCUGAUUAUAUAAAUCAUGUGUAUUAAAUGAGGGCGACAUCCAAGAUGUGCACUGCAGGGGCCUUCAGAACCAGGAUUGAGAUUCACUGUGAAAAUUUAUGUCUGUAAACGUGAUGUCAGCAAAACUGAAUGUGCAAAAUUAUUCUAUUCACAGGUGGAAAGCGUUUCUGAUUGGCUAAAGUGUGGAUUGUUCCCCUUACUCUCUCUCUUUUCUCUCAGAGCCGAGGGCUGUCACAGAAACAAGUGUGAUGUUUUUAGGACACUUGUUUCAGUGAUUUUGUUAAUAGGGUGAUUUUAUGUGUGCUGUUAAAAAAAUAGCUUUAAAUUUAAGUAUGCAAAAGAUUUUUAUUUUAGUAAAUUACAUUACAGUAAUUCUUUUUUUUUGGUGUCCAUAAUUUAAUAAGGAUAUUUUAUAAAUUAGUUGAUGAUAUAAUGACUUGAUUGUGUCAAAUUGUGACUGUCCUUUGUUUAACACAUUGUCUGCACAAUUUUGCUUUGGUCUCCUUUAUAAAGGAGACUUACCCAAACAAUAGGUCAAUAUAGGAUAGGCUGAACAUGACCCUUGAAGCUGAAAGCUUUAUUUGUUAUCUUUUGUUUUACUUUGUUUUGAAAUUUGUAAAUUACAGCGUCAAUAUUUGUGACGAAUACCUUUAUAUUAUAAAGGAUAUAAAUAUACAUUUUCUCGUUUCCAAAUAUCACAUAAAAGUUCACUUUCGCAAGCACCACAACAUUUUACAUAUUAAUAAAAUAAAUUCCCUCAUAA